AUGUUUGAGAUCGGCGGGAAAUGCUUGGCGUACCAUGGGCCGAUGCUUUACGAGGCGAAGAUCCUGCGGGUGUGGGAUCCUGAGAGCGAGAAGGUGUCAGUGCUGAGAGAGGGCCAGGUGGUGGUUGUGGAGGAGGAGAGCGACGAGGGAGCUAGCGGGAUACCCGGGGAGCUUCUCGGGGCGGCGUGCUACUUUGUACAUUACCAGGGGUGGAAGUCUACGUGGGAUGAGUGGAUAGGACCGGCCAGGAUACUGGAGUACAACGAGGAGAACCUUGCGUUGAAGAGAUCGCUGGUGGAGGAAGCCAGGAACGCCAAGAGGCUGCAGCAGGAGCAGCAGCGCAGGAAGAAGGCGAGCGGGAGCUCGUCUGGGGCCGGGUCGAGGCGAGGCAGGCCCGAGGCUGGGAAGGGUGCGGGCAAGAAGGGUGGCAACGCCAACGGCGUUGCUGGCGGCGGCGCUGCCGCCGCAGGAGGUGGCGACGGUGCUUUGGGACGCCAGGAAGGUGCGUCGCAGCCGCCAGCUCCAAGGAUAAUCCUGCACAUCCCGGUGAAGCUGAAGUCGCUCCUGGUCGACGACUGGGAGUUUGUGACCAAGGAUAAGAAGAUAUGCCAGCUGCCCUCGCCGACAAUGACGGUGCAGCAGACGCUCGACAGCUACGAGGAGGCCGCGGCGAACAGACUCGAGUCUCCGGCGGCGCAGGCGCAGCUGUCGGAGUACUGCGCCGGCCUGCGCCUGUAUUUCGAGAGAUCGCUGCCGAUCCUGCUGCUGUACCGGCUGGAGAGGCUGCAGUACGACGAGGUGCUCAAGAAGCAGAAGUUCAAGGACAUGGCGUUCUGCGACAUCUACGGUCCGAUCCAUCUGCUGAGGCUGCUGAGCGUGCUGCCGGAGUUGAUGGCAACGACCACGAUGGACGCACAGGGCUGCCAGCUGAUAGUCAAGCAGACGGAGUCGCUUCUGGAGUGGCUUGUCGUCAACAUGGACGAGCUGUUCGACACCGAGAACAGCAGGGACUACUAUAUAAAUACUUCGAGCCAGUACGAAGGCGUAGCAUUAGGUAUGUAG